CUGAGCAGUUCUCUAACUGGACCUACUGCAGAGGGUAGUUGGCUUGGAUUCUACGGAAAAGAUAGACCUCAUUCACCGGUUGCGUUUGUUCGCGGACAAAGGCCGCGAAUGCCCGUCUUACAGGAUGAAGAUUCGUCCCAGGCUACGUUCAAAACACUGAAAAGUGUGUGCGUCCCUCUCAUGGGCAAUUCGCAGCUUUCACCGACGUCUAUACCAAUGGUAUCGAAGCUACUGGCGGAGCUGGUCGUCAUCUUGCGCCAGGUCGAGGCUGCGGGUGCUGCUCUGCGGCCGUCCAUCAUAUCAUAUAUUUUCUUUCCUCUGUCGACAAUCAUGCGCAGGAACACACUGUCGUCGAUCCCCGAUCAAAUUAUGGAGAGGAUCUUCAUCGUGCUCAACGGUCUAUGCGAGAGCUGGUGGUGGGACUUCGAUGAAACAACAUGGGAGCAAAUAUUCAUGCUGUGCGGCGCCGUUCUUGGAGGCAUAGACAGCAAGGGAAAGAGCAGAGUCAGAGACGACGAAACGAAAGAGGCUGCCACCCGUUGCUUGUACACCUUGCUGCGCGAGCGGUUUCCGGACGAAGAUCCUCUUGGCGUUGUCGUACCUCCACGCUGCGAAAGGAUUUCCAGGAAAUUGCAGUUUCACGCGAGGACCAAGACGUUCAUUCCGAUCCUGGGUCAGACCGUCGAUUCACUUCUGUUGACGGCUGAAUCAUCGCACCUCCCGCUACAGAAAAUCUCCCUUAAAGUUCUUCGCAUACUCACAGAAGCUUAUCUCCCCGAGGACUUCAUACCUUCCGUCCUUCCUGGGAUCAUCAGUGCUUCGAGUAAAAUCGCACUCGGCGUUGGCACGCACAAGGGAUGGACCAACGGCGAUAUCGUCUCGACGGCACUUGAUGUCAUGCAGGCUGUCAUUGUCAAGUCCGUUGGUGACGAAGUUUGCAAACGACAUGGAGCCGUACGGAGCCUUGACAGUUUGGAAGACUUGCUCGCAGACGCAGAUACUUUGGAUCAGCAAGCUCUCCUCCAUUCUGCGCCUUCUCCAUACUCGACAGCCCGCACCGCGAGCUGGCUACGCGGAACAGCCUCGCAGUUGCAUAUUGCGAUGAACGCACUCACGCCCCUGUCACAAGGCCUCCUGCUCUCUUUCCUGCUCUCGCUAUUCGGGUCCCCAUACAACGACGUAGCCAAUAGAGCGAGCAAUGCUCUGACACGCCUUUUGUCCCCUACAUCCAGUGCCCGGCACUCCCUCCUCCAAACGCUCUUGCACAUAUCCAGAGAUAGCCUAGCAUCUCUACCCCGGUUUAUCGCGACUCAAUCAGAUUCCAAGGUGGAGCAUCUAGCUAGCCUCAUCGAGAGCGUUUGCAAACUUGCAAUGACCAUCAGCUCCGAACGCCGCCGCAUCAGUGUCAUCAGCACUGGUGUUGGUAAACUUCUCGGGCCCACUGGCGGGAUCGAGAAAUGGGGGUGGAGCUUGCUCUCGGUAUUGGAUUUUGGUGAUGCACCCAUCACAGUGACUAGAGCGAACGCAGCUCAGCGGGUGCUGGAGAGUAGCGAAGCUGCGGGCUCAUUUCCGUUCCCACCCUUGGUACUCAACAACGUGACAUCUCCCGCCGCGCAGUCUGCACUGGAGCGAAUGUUCCGCGCAAUGGGUGCUGUGGCUGGGGAUGACGGCCUGUUCGCCGUAGAAUGGUUUUUGGGGAUGGGCCAGAAUGGGCGAGGAUCAUCAGCGGUCUCCGCAUUGUGGUGUGCGGGUGGGGUCACCUUAGACCUCUCAGCAUCGCUCGAUCGCUCCCCUGUGACCAAGCGUAGCAAGCGGGUCGAGAAACUGGCUCGAGGGAUUGCAAAAAGAGUCGCGGAUUCGUGGACGGAUAUUGACGACGAAGAUGUCCUUCAGCAACAGGGCAGCAAGUCGCCCACCGCCGAGGAUGAUUCUUUGCUCGUAGAGCACAUCAAGGGUUUACUGACGAUUCGCAGAUCAACUCUAUUGCAUAAAGCGCUGUCGCUCCAGCUGCUCUCUAUCACGGCCGGAAUACUGGAAGCCCACUUCUCUCCUUUGCUGCUCCACACGCUUUAUCCCAUCUUACACUCAGUCGUCUCGGAGUCGCCUCUCGUCUCCACGACCGGCACGGCGACACUGCACUUCGUCGCGACAAUGACGUCGUAUGCUUCCUCCGCCAACAUGUUGCUCUCCAACUUCGACUAUGCUCUCGACUCGGUUUCGCGUCGACUGAGCCGUCGAUGGCUAGACGUCGAUGCCACCAAAGUCCUUGCUGCACUAGUUCGCUUGGUCGGGCGCGAUGCCGUCCAGAAGGCCGGCGACGUGGUGGAGGAAUGCUUCGAUCGCCUUGACGAGUAUCAUGGAUACGAGAUGAUUGUGGACGGGCUGAUCGAAGUCUUGUCGGAGGUUGUGAAAGUUGUGGAGGAAGAAGACUCCAGCGGAUCUCAUAGAGGCCGGCAACGCGACCCCGUUGAAGAAGACCGUGACAAUUCAGGCGACGAUUCCUACCCUCGCGAAGCAUGGGGUAAAGCCGCCGACGCCGAAGAGCAGAUGGAACCGACAGAACCUGUGCCAGAUCCCACUGCGGAACCUCCACCAACGCCUUCGCAGGCACUCACAAAACAAAUUGUCUCGCGUUCUCUGUAUUUCCUCACUCACGGAGCGCCUACAAUUCGGGCAAGGAUAUUGCUCGUGUUGAGCUCCGCUGUUCCGGUGCUACCUGCGUCUGCACUGCUUCCGUCCGUCCAUCACGCUUGGCCAUUCAUUUUGAACCGCCUUAACGAUCAGGAACCCUUCGUCGUCAGCGCUGCUGCAGCUCUGAUUGAGUCUCUGUCCACACACGUCGGAGAUUUCAUGCAUCGCAGGAUCUGGGACGACAUAUGGCCCCGCUUUCAGAAAAUGCUCGAGAAGCUCCGGGCUGCAGACGCGGACAGCGCUUUGGCGAGGCGCGGACCGGCAGCGGUGGGCACGGAGUCGGCGUAUACAGUCUCGCAUCGGCUAUACCGGUCGAUGCUAAAGACGAUGACCGCAGCCGUGGUGGGCGUCCGGGGCCAAGACUCUGCGCUCUGGGAUGUGACCGUCUUGUUCCGAAGGUUUUUGCAUGGCCACGCACACGAAGAGCUGCAAGCAUGUGCAAGGGAUCUCUACGCCGCCAUCACGGUCAACAACGAAGACGCUGUAUGGCUGGCUCUGUCGGCGACUCAGAGCAGACUAGAUCCUUCCAUGGAUUUUUUGUCGCAGCCGAAGUGGAGUAUCAAUGAAAAUGUUUGA